AGAGAGAAACCGAGAUAUAUCGACAAUAAACAAACCAUGAGAUAAAAAACAGGAAAUGUUAUUUAAAUGUUUAUUAUAUUAUACUAAAAUGUUUGUUAAUGGAUUUUAUUAUUAUACUAUUGUUUAAAACUAUUUUCCCAGUCAAAUGAUAUAUUUGUUAAGAAAUAUAAAUCAAUGAAUUGUCAAAAAAUUAUAUUUUAUACUUGAUAAGAAACAGUGAUAUAUUUAAACGAGAUAAAAAAAUAGCAGUUAAAUAACUAGGGAACAUUUUACUCGACUUGGAAAAUUUUCAAUUAAAAAAAAAAAAAAAUGAAGAGAUUUUAUUUUAUUGUUUUAAAGAUUUGUCCACUAUUUGCAUUUAUUUAUAGUAUUAUAUCAAACUUUGUCACAAUGUACAUUGAUGAUGGGAUCUCGUUUAUUUAUCUAUUUAUUUGUAUUCAAUUGCAAUUAAAUUGGUAUAAUGCUUGGAAAAUUUCAAAAAAUGUCACAACAUUAAAAACAGAAAAUCUUAAUAAUCAUAGUACAAUUGUAAAUAUUGAUUAUCAAAAAGCUAAUUCAUUUAUAUCAUCAGAAAGAGAGAGAAAAUUUUGGUAUUGUGAAAAAUGUGAAAAUUAUACACGUAGAAUGGCAAUACAUUGUUCAUUAUGUAAAAAAUGUUAUCAUUUUCGUGAUCAUCAUUGUUUUUUUAUGGGAACUUGUGUUUUACGUCAAAAUAUGGGUAAUUUUAUUUUAUUAUGCUUUUAUUCAUCACUUUCAUGUCUUUAUUCAAUAUCUGUAAUUGGUCCUUAUUUAUAUGCACAUUUAAAUCAUUUUAUUAGGCCAGAAUCAAAUAUUUUCAAUGUAUUGUUAAGUUUUUGUUUUCCCAUUGCAUUAGUUCGUUAUUUAUUUUCUGAUGAAGAAUCCUGUUUACUUUUGGUUACACUUUUUGAUGCAUUAGUUGCAACAUUUUUCAUUGGACUUUGUUAUGGUAGUUGGAAAUUUUAUGCAUGUCGAACAGGUAAACAAAUUUAUAGUUUCAAUUAUAAGAAAGAAGAAAGUUUUAGAGAAAUAUUUGGACCCAAUGGACUUGUAAAUAUUUUAUUUCCUUUCGAUAGUUUAGUAAAUUUUAAAUAUCAAAAUAAUUGUUAUCUUAAGGAAGUGUAAUUUUGUAAAAUAAAAUAAGAAAUUUUAAUAUAUGCCUAAUAAAUUAGGGAAUAAAA